AUGUUCGGAGUUUUCGAUAUCAGUAACACGGAUCACGUUAUGUCAGUGAAACUACUGGAUCGUGUCAAUAUCAUAUGCCCACAGCCGAGAGCAAGGCCACCACAACCGUACGAAUAUACGAAAUUAUACGCAGUAUCACGAGAUGGCUACGAUAGCUGUGAACUGCGGAAUGAACGGCUAAUUGGUGUGUGUCAAAAUGCGGAAUCGCAAUCCUCAAUAAGUAUCGUUUUUCGUGAUUUCUCACCAUUACCCGGUGCAUUGGAAUUCAAACCAGGACGUAGCUAUUACAUUAUUACAACAUCCGAUGGUAGCGAAGAAGGUAUCGAUAAAAGGUCAGGUGGACUGUGUGCAUCGAGGCAUAUGAAAGUCAAAUUCGAAGUUCAUUCUGGUGAGUUGAUUCGAUUGUUUCGUCACGUGAAUCGAUGA